AUGGGCUCCAGAACCCGCUACAGAAUAGUUGAUCAGGUUCCAGCGCCUAACACAUACUCUUUGCCUCCAGUUCUGGGUCCAAGAGUUCCUGGGAAAGCUUCUGCUCCAGCUUUCACUGUGUCUGGCCGAUCACAUCAUGGAGGGCAUUCUGAAGAUUUGGCUGUUACACCAGGUCCAGCUCACUAUAUUCAAAUAGAUAACAAUAGCUACAUGAAGAAAGGUCCAGCUUAUUCCAUGCUUGGGCGACAUCAAGUUUCCAAAAAACACAAUUUGCUACCCCAGGGCCUGGAGCUUAUAGUCCUGAAAAGGCAACAAACAACAAAAAAAGAGCACCUGUGUUCUCAAUGGGCAUUAGGCACUCUGAGUACACCACACCUCUCAUCAUAG